UUGAAAAAGAAAAACUUAAGGUACCCGUAGUUGAAAAAGAUGAACAUAAGGUGCUUGUGGUUGAAAAAGACGAACAUAAGGUGCUUGUAGUUGAAAAAGACGAAUAUAAGACGUCCAUAGUUGGAAAAGAUGAACAUACGGCGUCUAUAGUUGGAAAUUUUGAAAAAGAUGAGAUAGCUGAAAAAGAUGUACAUAAGGCGUCCAUAGUGAUAUCUGAAAAAGAUGAACAUAAUCUGUCCAUAGCGGUAGCUGAAAAAGAUGAACAUAAUCCGUCCAUAGCGGUAGCUGAAAAAGAUGAACAUAAUCCGUCCAUAGCGGUAGCUGAAAAAGAUGAACAUAAUCCGUCCAUAGCGGUAGCUGAAAGAGAUGAACAUAAUCCGUCCAUAGCGGUAGCUGAAAGAGAUGAACAUAAUCCGUCCCUAGUAAUAGCUGAAAAAGAUGAACAUAAUCUGUCCAUAGCGAUAACUGAAAAAGAUGCGAUAACCGAAAAAGAUGAAUAUA